UAAUUUUUUUCUUGUUUUGUCUAAAUAAAAAGGCAGAUUUGUGCUGGAGCAUAUUCUACACAGAAAAUGUUGGUAGGGAAUAAAGAACCGAAUUUGAUCUGGUAGUUUCCAACUGCAGAACAACAUGACGACUGAUUAUAAUACAACAUACGACUAUGUCACAGACUAUGAAGACCAGCUGUGUCGCAAAGAGCAGAUGGUAAAAAUUGGAUCCAUUAUUAUUCCAAUUUUUUUCACAGCAGUGGUUGUAUUGAGCUGCAUCGGUAACAUCCUCGUUUUGAUAAUCCUUGCGCUCUAUGAGAGCAUCAAACCCCUGACCAAUUUCUUCAUCCUCAAUUUAGCUGUGUCAGAUCUGCUGUUCACUAUUGGACUUCCAUUUUGGGCCUCGUACUAUGUCUGGGGUUGGAGAUUUGGAGAUGCUGGCUGUAAAGCUGUGAAGUUUCUCUUCUAUUUGGGCUUUUACAGCAGCGUGUUGUUCUUGACUCUAAUGACCGUUCAGCGUUACAUGGCAGUGGUUCAUCCUCUGUCCGACUGGGAGAGAUGCAGAGGGCUUUCUUUAUCUCCUUAUAUCGUUUGGAUCCUGAGUUUAACGGUUGCACUGCUCGGUUCACUUCAAAGUGAAGUCAUGAUAGAAUCUGGCAGCCUAUACUGUGAAUAUGGCAGCAUUAAAUGGAAAACUGGCAUUGCUUAUUUUCAAAAUGUUUUUUUCUUCAUUGGAUUUGUAAUCAUGGGUUACUGCUAUGGCAGAAUGCUUCGGACGAUCACAAAAUCACGGACUAAGAAGAAACACAAGACUGUUAGACUAAUAUUCUCCAUCGCAAUGGUGUUUUUUAUCGGUUGGGCUCCAUAUAACAUUGUCAUUUUCUUAAAAUCUUUGGCCAUCUCUCCAUUCACAGACUGUGAAAUAAGCAAAAGACUUGACUAUGCAUAUUAUGCUUGCCGAAUGAUAGCCUUCUCCCACUGUUGCUUGAACCCUGUAUUUUAUGUUUUUGUUGGUGUAAAAUUCAGGAAUCAUCUAAAAAUGAUUCUGCAGAAGCUCAUUCAAAAAAAAAAAAAACUCCAAGCCACACAGGCAAAAAUUCAGUCGCUGGGUUCAAUUUACUGAGAGAAAACUCAAGUACUUUUACCAAUUGCAGCGAACCAACUUAUUUGGAGUUUUAAAAUACUGUUUGAUUGAUGUACAUAGAGAUGCUGUUGCAAUUUUUUUAUUAUUAUUAUUGUUAAUAUGCUGGAAUUGAUUAUUACAACCUGAUCUGCUUGAUUAAAAUUCAAAUAAAGUGCCAUUUUGCAGGAGAAUUCCCCACUUUAU